AUGGCAAAGAUAUCGAGAACUCUUCUGUCGGCAUGGCUGCUUACGCUGCACGUUCAGCUGUGCACGGGAAGCGUGGAACCAUUGCCAUCUCUGCCGUAUGAUCUGCAAUAUUACCUGGACACGUGUCAUGGCACUGGCGACCUAAAUGACAAACCAGCUGAACUCGCCUUCUGGGGUGCGAUGCAAAUGUAUGUUUCAAAGUUUUGUGAGGAGAAUCCCUCCAUGACAACUUCGGAAAAAGCCUUCCUACAAAAGACCGUCACUACCUCCUUUGCACCAAUAAGUGCUUCCGGUCGAGGAAAACGACAAGCCACUCGCCCUCGCCUGCGUAAAGAGAUCCGCACAAUGACCAUUACUGAAAGGGCGCGUUAUUUCAACGCUCUCACUAGACUCAAGAGAGACACGAGACUACGACCAAACAUAUAUGAUGUUCUAGCUGGAUUCCAUACAGGUGCAAAUAUGCAGAGGGCCCACUUUGGCCCCGCGUUCACAGGAUGGCAUCGAUUAUACUUGUGGAUAUUAGAAUCAUUCCUACGACUUCACGACCCUGAGGUAACUGUUCCAUUCUGGGCGUCGGUGUUGGAUAACGAGAUGGAAGACCCCACUGAGUCUGUCAUAUUCAGCGGCGCUUUCUUCGGACCCGGCGUUGGGCUGCCAACAAGUGGGCCAUUUAGAGGCUGGCAACAAAUAAAUCCGGCAACUGUGUUUAAUCGAAAUGUCGGUGGCGGCCAACUUUACACUUAUGAGGGUAUUGACGCAAUUCUACGUCGGCGUCGUAACAGUGAACUCCUGUUUCCAACUGCAGAAGCCGACAGCAACUUCGAAGAGCAACAUGGUGGUCCCCAUAUCUUUGUCGGCGGGACUAUGAACGAUCUCAACGCGGCUGCCAGAGAUCCCAUUUUCUUUAGCCACCACUCGUUUGUCGAUCAGAUUUGGGAGCGAUUUCGAUACAAUCAGCGGGCAGCGGGUAUCCCGACAGAAACGGACUAUCCAUGGGUUCCGAAUGACCCCCGUUACAAUCCAGCACAAAGUCCAACCAAUAUAACGGGUUUCUUCCCAGAUGGUCAGUUGAACCUAGACUACAUUCAGAUAACAGGUUACUCAGAUGCCUUCUUUCAACUUGUGCAGUAUGAGCAGGUUCCCACGUGUCCACUCUGCGGUGGUUCACAAUAUCUUCGUUGUAAUCCGACAACCAAUCGCUGUAUGUCGAGAAGCAUUGCAGAAAUGCGAACAGCGAACGUUGACAUAGAUACCUUACCUGGUCUCGAACAAGCGGCCCCGGGUCGCAAAAAACGUCUGAUCGCUUACAAGGAAAACAAUGCGGUGUGA